CCGCAAAAUCACUUCAAGUCUUCGCCCAACGGUCGCGACUUCCUUCUCUGGCUUCUUUGUGAUUCUGGCAGCUGCCAUGGACCUAGGCAUCCUCUUACCUUGAACCUCCCCCCCACUCGCCAAUACAGUCCUUGGUCACCACUCUACCCUCUACCCUCUACUACUCUGCUACUUACCCACACACUCCACCACCUCCACCACACUUGCUCAAGGCUCAUUCUUCAAUUCUCUCCACUUGAGCAGUACCCUCCUCUUUCUCAUACUCCGCCCUGUCAAUCAAUCAUGUCCCGCCGGAUCGUGGUGCCCUUGCGCCCAUUUUCCGACGGCGACCCGUCCCACAAACCAACCAAUCCCGCCAUGAAGCAGGUUGACCCACCCACUAUCUAUCUGGAGAAGCUCGCAGAUGAAUGGAUGAAGACACGCGAUGAAGCGAAACCUGGCUGCUCUUAUAUCCUCAGGGCCUUGCCGCAUGGCUAUACCUUGUGGGAGAAGACGCGCGGUGGCACAUCCAAAAAGCAUGUCGACCGGUGGUUGUACGGCCAUCCCGAGGGAAAGUCCUUCGACUCCCCAAACCGAUAUUUCCCGCAUUUCCUACACCUGAUGGAAAAUGGCAGCAGCAUGGGCUGCCCAUGUAGUGUUUGCACGAAGAGUGGCCAACCCCACUGUGCCGCAUCAAAGUCGUCUAAGAGGAGCGGAAGCAUUAUAUCUAGUCGGUCUGCAUCUACCAACCCCAGCUUAUCAAACGCUUUGGCAUCCAAUCAUCAGCCAGUCCAGUUAGGUGGCCCAGUCCCUAUCGCUCCCCAUCAUCAGACAGCCCAGUCUUCUGACUUAGCCCCUGCUGCGUCCUAUUCUAAUGCACUUCCUACUGCACCUCUUCCAAAAGGUCGCCCGAAGAUGAUACCGCCAGGCAUGGACACUUCCCGUGUUGACGAGGAGGGCACUCCGGACGUUUGGCGUAAUCUCAUCGACAAGUUGAAGCGUCACAUUACAGUUGACCAACCCAUCGACGAGCCGUUGAGUAUGGACUGGCGAGCAGAGCAGAGACUGGUGCCGGAUCUGUUGCACAGAAGCGCGAAGGAGCCGCAGUGUAUGCCUCGGGUUGGUGAGAUUGUUCUGUACCUCCGCAAUGCAAACAAUCGACAAGUUAAAGUCAUCAAAGAGGAUUCUGGCGAGUAUAUGCUCCAUGAUGUGGCAACCGAUACUCGACUAGAACCAGCUCUAUGGGCAGCUGGUCUUGUUACACAGGUACCCGAAUCGGAUGGCAACGACCAAGACGAAAUUUCAGACACCAUCUCAGGCGUGCGCGUGGAACCAAUCCCAAAUCCUAACGAUACGAACAAGAGUCUGUCCAAGAGGUAUAAAUACGUCCCCACCCGUUAUACCCGUCCAUUUUUCGGGUGGAAGCAUUACUUGUCUCAUUUGCCUGAUGAUGAAUGGCACCCUACUGUUCGGAACGCGCUUACUUGCAUGUCAACCAUGUCACUUGUAAGUCGAUAUCGAUUCCAAGGAGAGUGGCCAAAAGCCUCCGUAUGGUGUCAUGGCAUCUACGUCGGCUCCGAGCUUUUUGUCGUUGGCGAUACUGUUCGAAUGUCCCCCAAGGCAGGUUAUCCAAAGUGCACCGAUAUCAUGGUCAUCAAAUCCAUUCGGUUGAAGAUGAGCAAUCUUCAGCAUGCAUCGAACAAUGACUACGAUGAUGGCAGUCCAUAUAACUCUGAAGCAUGGAUAUACGGGACUGCUUAUACCAUGGACCCAUCGAGGUCAAACAAGUUGUACUUGGAUCACACAAAUGCUACCACCCCUCGUGCAGCUGACGGUUACUCGAUCACAUGGCAUCCACUCCAUCCAAGCAAUAAAGAGAUAGCGGUUCCAUUCUCGCGAAUCAUGAGUCGCCUCUACGAAUCCGAUGCCAUGCACGAUUACUUCUCUGCAGCAUACAUCGACCAAGGUCGCGAGUGGAUCCAGGAGGGUCGCAAAUUUGCUCGAGAGAAUGACAACCGCAUCCUCAAAUCUCCAGGAACUACAUGGUGUUGGCUUGAUACGCGCAGCCAAGCCUUGGAUCUGGAAACUGUCAAUGGUCUUGAAGUAGGUAUUCAUGAUAACGAGCGUGAUCUUAAAGAUCUGCGGCAGAAGGCCAAGAUACUCGAAGGUAUCGUCGCGCCCAACCAAGAACCCAAAACAGCAACUCGCGAUCUUCGUCAAUUCAUGGCCCCUGCGGGUUUCGAAGAGAUGCCUGUCAGGAAGAAGCCGGCUCUGCCUAUCGUACCAGAGCUCUUGGGAGUUGGCCAGAAGCGAAAGCAUGUUGUCGACGUCAGUGAUGAUGAGAACGAGGAGCAGGACGACGAAGAUGAGGAUGAAGAUGAGUUUCGGCAGCACACAAUUGUUCUUGAUGACGACGGUCCGAGCUCUCCUCAUGAGGAUGGUGUUACUGGCCAUCGCCUUCAUGUCCAGCAGCCUUCGAAGAGACUCAAAGUCCUGGUGCAACCAAGUGAGAGGGAGUAA